AUGGAGGCUGACAGGGCAAGAGUCUCACUGGGUGGGGUCUGGGUUAUUAAGGUCCUGUCCUCCCAUGUCAGGUGCCAGCCUCAGAGCAGCCCCAGCUCCCUCCAGGUGACCGCGAGUCACUUUCAGAGCCGCCUCCGCUGGGGCAGAGAGGCCCGGCGGCCAGGAGGGACUGUGGAUCGGGGUGCGCGAACCCGCAGUGGAGAAGGCGCCCGCGGGACCCCAGGCUCCAGCCGGAGACUGGCGGGAAGAAGCAAUUCAAAUCUGGCCCGGGAGCGCGGUCCCCAACACAGGCCAGGGUACCUGGGGGAGCCGGCUCCACUCACCUUUUUGGGGUCUCGGUACAGGGGCAGGGCACUGGGAGGAGCGAGAAGGGGAGGAAGGGAGGAGGAGCGCAAGGGAGAGGCGGAGCUGCGGCCAUUGCAGGGCCGGGCGGGGGAGAGAGAGGAUAGGGCGGGGGGCCCGCGGAGCCCCAGCCUCCGGCGCUGCGCUGCUGCCACCGAGCCGCAGCUCGGCACGCGUCCUCCGGUAUUCAGCCUCAUCCUUCUACCUUCAGUUAAGGCAGUUGGACUUCUCACAUCAAAUUUAAUAGGUGGACAACUCCCUUCUGGAAUCACUGUGUUUUCCUGCAACACCAGCACUUCUGGCCACUCCAUCUUCCUCCUCACUGGCUUUCCAGGGCUAGAAGUGUCUCAGCAUUGGGUCUCCAUCCCCAUCAACCUCAUCUGUGUUGUUUCCAUCGUGGGUAACAGCAUCAUCCUCUUCGUGAUUCGUACAGAGCCAGUCUUACACCAACCCAUGUAUAUCUUCCUGUCCAUGUUGGCUGCUUCUGAUUUGGGGCUGUCUGUCUCCACCUUCCCCACCAUGGUGAAGCUCUUCUGGUUGGGAGUUCGGGAGCUGCCCUUCGAUCUCUGUGCAGCACAAAUGUUUUUCAUCCAUGCAUUCACCUAUGUGGAAUCUGGUGUGCUGCUGGCUAUGGCCUUCGAUCGUUUUAUUGCCAUCCAGGACCCCUUACAUUAUGCCACAAUCCUUCCCAACUCAUCUGUGGCAAAAAUGGGGGCUGCCAUUCUGGUUAGGGCUGUACUGCUCAACCUGCCAGGCCCCAUCCUCCUGCGGAAUCUGCUCUUUCCCCAAAUCAGUGAGCUCUCUCAUUGCUACUGCCUGCACUGUGACCUUGUGGGACUGGCCUGCUCAGACAUCCAGAUCAACAGCUUGGUUGGCCUGGUGUCCAUCCUCUUCUCCCUGGGUCUUGACUCUUCCCUCAUCGUACUCUCUUAUGCUCUGAUCCUACGGACCGUACUGGGUACUGCAUCACCUGGCAAACGGCUCAAGGCACUCAGCACGUGUGCCUCACACCUCUGUAUUGUGCUUAUCUUUUAUUUGCCCAAACUUGGGCUGUCAGUGUUGCAUCGAGUGGAGAAGCGCAGCUACCCUGCUCUGGCAGUGCUCAUGGCCAACCUGCACUUCUUGGUCCCGCCCCUCAUGAACCCCAUCGUGUACUGCAUCAAAUCUAAGCAGAUUCGUCAGGGCUUCCUAAAGCACUUCCAGCAGAAGAGAAUUGAUGCUUCCUAG